AUGCAUUUUACAGGUGUUUUUUCCCACUUGAAUUUCUUUUGAAAAGUUUUAAAAUGUACACAUUUAGCUUCCAAAAUCAUUAACCACAGACCAGGAUUCUGAAACUCAGGGAGUUCAAUGUCAUUCAGCCACCCACCAUUCAUUGUGAUUUUUCUGCUUACUCUGUUCAGCACACACAUGAAAACACCAGCUAUUUGUGGGGGAAAAAAGGCCACCAUAACACUUCUAUUUCCUGCAGGGGAUGGUAAGGCAUAGGAAAGGAAGCAAUUGAGGAACUAGGACUUUUUUGACUGUAGGUGGAGACACAGAUGCUUCUAAUUCAGUACUGUUGAUAUUUUAUUUGAAGGUGAGACAUUUGGCCAAAUAUGCAACAGGUCUGAGAAUGACUGAACAACUCCCUUGCUAUAAGACCUGCAGUCUACUAAAUAUAAAUGUGAGGUCAAAAGCAACUUACCCAGCACUGUGGUGUCAAAAUAAAUAAAUCUUAUUUUUAUGCUAAUGUAAAUUUCCUUCCUGCAUGUACCUGACACUAGGCCUUGUCACAAACACAAAAUCUCCACUAAGCUGGAAGGAACUCAAGUGACUAGUUAACAAAGCAUUUUUUUAAAAAUUAAUGCCAUCAUAAAAAUUCUAUAACCCUGUAGGAAUGCAAUAAGAAUGUAAUGGUAAUGCACAGAAGGGUUUCUAAAGAUCUUCUGACUGUCCAUCUUGAGGAUGCCAAUCAACACUUCAGGGCACAAUCUGACUUUACAUGAGCCUGUCUAUACAUUUGAAUACAACUGUACUGUAUAAACAGGGGAUCAAUAACCUCUAAUUUUCCAUUGCUUUGAAACUGAAUCUUUCAUGUGUUUUUUAUCCCCACUAGAUGGUGCGCAUUGUCGGUUUGACUCCAUCACUUGGUCCUCUGCGCUCCAAGGCUCAGUUUCACUAAAAGUAGGUGAUGUACAGUCACAAGGCUGUCAAAACAUGCAGGCACUGAUGACUCUGCUAUGAGUUGAAUCCAAACAGAGCUUUGAACACUAGCUUCAUGUAGGCAUAUCCCUUUUUUUCAUAACAGCAGACAGUGGAGCCACUGGAGACACAAGGUUGCUUUUAUUUAAGGUCCUAACGCAAAGGAGCAACCAGGUUAUUUUUAAUAUUACAACUGAAUAUGAAUUUAUGAGGGGAAACAUCCAUCCGUCCGAGCUUGCUGACGCGGUCGAGAUCCAUCAGAAUGCAGCUACUUUUCCUCGCCGCUGUGUUUCUCUUUACGCACGACUUGGACUCCGUGCGCUCGGACAAGUGCGCCUCCCGGUGCGACGUGAGCUCGUGUCCGAGCCCCAGCUGCCCCAGCGGGUACGUCCCGGACAGAUGCAACUGCUGCUUGGUGUGCUCGCCCCGGGAAGGCGACCCCUGCGGCCGCAAGAACGACCUGCCAUGCGGGGAUGGACUGGAGUGCAGGAUGCUCACCGCGGGGCGGCGGCGGGGCUCCAAGGGGGUCUGCCGGUGUAAGAUGGAGCUGGAAGUGUGCGGAAGCGACGGGAAAACGUAUGGAAAUGUGUGUAAGAUGAGAGCAGCCAGUCAUAAAGCUCUACACAAGGGCAGACCCGCAGUGAGCCAAGCGCACAAAGGGCCGUGUUCGCCUUCAGGCGCAGAUCUUUCCCUGGUCCGUACCAGCAGCCCUCGUUACAAGUUCAAUUUCAUCGCUGAUGUCGUGGAAAAAAUAGCACCUGCUGUCGUCCACAUCGAGCUGUUUGUGAGACAUCCUCUGUUUGGUCGCCAUGUGCGUCUGUCCAGCGGCUCCGGCUUUGUUGUGACCCACUCAGGUGUGAUUGUGACCAACGCUCACGUGGUGACCACAACUUCCACAGUGACGGGGAGGCCUCAGCUGCGCGUUCAGCUCCACGACGGCGAUGCAUACGAAGCUGUGGUCAGAGACUUAGACAAGAAGGCAGACAUCGCCACCAUCAAGGUCAAUCCACAGAAGAAGCUCCAUGUGCUGUCUCUGGGUCGCUCGGCUGGUCUGAGGCCGGGGGAGUUUGUGGUCGCCAUCGGCAGCCCCUUCGCCCUGCAGAACACCGUCACCACCGGCAUUGUCAGCACGACACAGAGAGACGGCAAAGAGCUGGGCAUCAAGGACUCAGACAUGGACUACGUCCAGACUGAUGCUAUCAUCAAUUACGGCAAUUCAGGAGGGCCUCUUGUUAACCUGGAUGGAGAGGUGAUAGGUAUCAACACUCUUAAAGUGACAGCAGGGAUCUCCUUCGCUAUACCCUCGGACAGGAUCCGGCGCUUCCUCACAGAGUCAAAGAUCAAACUCAGCAAAGAAAAGGCAAGACUACAGAGAAGAUUUACAGAGGAACCCCAGUCUGAUGCAGAUGUCUCAGAAGUGAAGAGAUAUUUUUUAGGCAUCAGGAUGAUCACAAUCACCAAAGCGCUAGUGGCGGGACUGAAACAUCAGAACCCAGACUUUCCUGACGUCAGCAGUGGGGUUUUGGUGCAGCAGGUCAUACCUAACACUCCAGCAGAAAAUGGAGGGAUUAAGGAAGGUGAUGUUAUAGUGAAGCUGAAUGCACAGCCGGUUAACACCACCGAUGACGUCCGUGUGGUGCUGCAGACCAACCAGCCACUUCUGCUCGAGAUUCGCAGAGGGAACGAUGACAUGCUAUUCAACAUCCAGCCUCAGCUUUUAGUGCAUUGAAGAACAGGACAGAUUGUUUUAGCGUGAGCAAAACUUGGACAGGAUUCAAUAGAGGCCAUAAACUAUGUACUGCAAGGAAUUAUGAAUAAGCUACAUGUGGAAAUUAGAACUGAUGAGGAAUAAUUUCAGUUCAGAUUUUUGAUAAAACGUGAAAAACGUGUAUUUCCUUUAAACUUGUUAACUUGUUCCAGUCAGAUUUUUUUCAAGUUUAGAUUUGUGUAACUUUUUUUCUAUCAUAUAGUCUUUUUUUUUUUUUGAGAAAUACAGUUGUUUAUUACAAUACUCAAAAUAUUUCUGAGUAGAUUUUGCUGCACUGACAUUGAAAAAGCUUCAGAAUAAAAGCUUCCAAAGAAG